AAUAUUAUUAAUUCGCCCGGGGGGAAAAAACAACAACAUACAAAUACACAAACAAAAAGUUAAUUAGCAUUCCCGCUUGUUUUGUCGUAAAAUGUCGGAGUUGUUCCUGAAGGCAGCAUCACGGUUAGUAGAAAGUCCGACGCCCCGCUCACUGUCAACCCCUGGUCACGGCUCCUCCUCCUCCUCUUUCUCCGCCUCCUUCGCCUCCUUCUCCGCCCAAGAGAGUGAAAGCUGAGUUUCCCCCAGAGCUGCGGUUGUUUGUGGACUUAAAACAAGAUUUUCCCCCCCCUCUACAUCGGAGAAACUGAUUCAUUCGACUGUGUGGAAACAGUGUUAGCAGCAGCGGCGGCGGCGGGUCGACAUUGUGACCGUUAGAGGAUUUAAAUUUAAAUUAUUUUUUUUCAUCGACGCGUCAGAGUUCAGGCUCUGAACGAACUUUACCUUAAACCACCGUACAAUAAUAAGUGAGUUGUUUUAAAAAAAAAUAAAAAUGGCAGAUACGCCCGCGUCUGGAGGUAACAUUGCGGAGAAGCUGAAAAGUUACGUGAAGACUCCGAAAGGCUUCAUCCUGGCAGCGGAGAUAGUUCUCAGUUUAAUCAUCCUCAUCUGCUACGCCGCCUCCCUGUACGGCGGCUACUCCGCCGUGGCCAUCUGUGAGAUGAUCUUCGCCAUAGUGUUCUUCGUCAUCUUCAUGAUGGAGCUGGACAAGCAGAUCCAAGUAGUCAGCUGGGUCUGGAGUGAUCUGUUCCGCGCUGGGAUUGGUGCCCUCAUUUACCUCAUCACUUCUCUCAUCUGUGUCAUUGGAGGAGCCGGGGACGGGGCCCGGAUCGCAGGCGGGGUGAGUGUUUGGGGACUGAUCGCUGGUCUGCUGUUUGCCUACGACACCUACACCAUCUACCUGCAGAUUAAGAGCAGCAGGCAGCACACUGCAGCGUCCACAGACGACCGGGUUUAACAUCGACAUGUGUGUGAAAAAAAAAACAUGUAAAACAGCAGCAGCAGCAGGAAAAAAGGAAAAGGACGAUUGUGCAGAAACUACCGGAAGGACAGAGUAGAAAAAGGAUGAUGGACAGUCAAGUGAACACAGUCACGGGUUUAAUCAAUGCCACUGAAUGGAUUAAAAAAAAAAAGAAAAAAAGUUUUUGUUUGAUGUGAUAAUGUCACAGUGGGCGGUAACAGUGUCUCGCACAUGAACCAACCUCAUCGUAGCGCUCAUUAAAAAAGGGAAAACUAAACGACAUGGUUGAUAUUAUCAUGAAGCUUAUUUGAAACGUGUCUACUGUCUAUGCACUGCUGUAUUAAGUAGUAACUUUGUUAUUCGGUCUGAAGAAGUUAAGCUAAAGGGUGCUUUAGAUAUAUUUUAUUUUUAACUGUCAAAAUUCUUCUGAAGUUUCAUUUCUCUUUUUUUUUUAGUUCAGUUUUUCUUUUACAGCAGUUCAAACAUUUCUUUCGUUAAAUUAUUCAUGUCUGUGCAGCAGCAGGGCCUUAAAGUCUCAUCCACAUUAACCUGUCGUUUUGUUGUAGUCAUCCUUUAAACUUAUAAAGACAUUUACCAUCGAUAUUUUUUACGCGUUUUCACUAAUUGGGAAUUAUUUCACACAUUUACUGUCAGUCAGUGUUUUCCCAUCUGAAGCGUCUCUGUCCAGUUCUGCCUGUACACCUUCAGCCUUACUCAGGUUGUUUUCGUUUCUUUUGUUUUUUAUAACUCAUCCUAAUGAUGCUGAGUAUUUUUCAUUAAACACCUUUUAAGGUCAAGUAGUGAAGUGAACGUUUUAUGUUGUCGAUUAACACAAAAA